AUGACGAAAGGAACCUCUUCGUUCGGAAAACGCCAUAACAAAUCGCACACUUUGUGCCGUCGCUGUGGUCGUCGUUCCUUCCACAUCCAGAAGCACACCUGUGCAUCUUGUGGAUACCCUGCCGCCAAAGUUAGGAAAUACAACUGGUCUGAGAAGGCGAAGAGAAGAAAGACUACCGGUACUGGCCGCAUGAGAUACCUCAAGACCGUCUCCCGCAGAUUUAGCAAUCGAUUUCAACUUGGCGCUCCCAAAGGCGCCCGGGGGCCCCAGAGCAACGCCGAUACAGUCGAAUAGAUGAAAACAACCCUUCUAUUUUCCGCUUCUUCCUUGCAUUUAUUAUUCAAUUUUUUUUCCGGGUUGCGGGUUCUCUGUAAAGGGGUGAGAAAUUUCCUCUGCGGAAUAGGGUGUUAAAAAGGGAACGGCCUGAAAUUAAAAAUAAAAUUGACGCUUGUCACUAUUGUGAACUUGCGCACGAGAUAUAAGUAUCCCAGGAAAUGGAUAUGGUAAUUUUGUUGGGAUUGAAUGGAGGGAGGUAAAUACGAUUCUGAUUGCGCAUGGGAUUUGCAAGGGUGUAUGUUCGUGUGGCAUUGGCGGAGAGAAUUAUAUCUGUUUCGCC